GGAAAAAUCUGACUAUUUAAGGGGGCUGGAUCCAAACCAUCGGUAAACAACCAGACAUGGAAGCUUCUGUGAUAAUCCAAAUCCUCUGUACACUAUGGUUCUGUUUAACCAUUUUAACUGAAGGACAAAUCAGUGGGAAGUUAGAGACUCAGUUUAAAAAUCCUUUAGGAAACUUUCCUCUACUCAACAUUGAGAUUGAUCACCAAACUGGUAAUGUCUUUGUGAGUGGUAUGAAUGUUCUCUACAGGUUUAGUAUGGAUGGUACCAAACUGAUUCAGAAGGUGGCCAAAAAAACUGGUCCAGAAGCCAACUGCUUGACACCUGAAGAUAAGGAGUACUGUAAGGACUACAAUACAGUGAUGGUUGUGACACCUAAUAGUUUGAUAACCUGUGGUACAUUGAGAGGUGGACUUUGUUUAACACGUGAUAAAGAGUCUCUAAACAUUACCAUCACUUCCCCAAGUAUCCGUUUAGUAUCAAAUGAGCAGGCCUCAGCCGUGGGAAUCUUCCUAAAAAUUAGAGACAGGAGUUCAUCUGGAAGUUUUGAAAACAUUGUUUUGUUUGCAAAACAAUACACAACUUUACCACUCGGUGAAUCCACUUUUGGUACAGUAGCCAUAUUCUCAGCUUUACCAGACCUUUCAGCUGUCAAUAUAGGUUCUUCUAAAUUUGGAAAAAUAUUUGAUAUGAUAUUGAAAACACCAAGGAAUGUUGUAAUGGACUAUAGAGUGGUGAUUGAAAAUGACAAGUUUGUUUUUCUUCUGGUGAAUCAGGAUUCACAAUCAAAGCUUGUUAAAAUCUGUAAGUCCAUAGAUAUUGCACCGGUAGAUCCAAAGAAAGUGUAUGAAGAUAUUCCUAUAUCUUGUAAUUCAGAAGGGACAAACUUGACUCAUGUCAAGCAUGGAACCUUUAUUUCUGCUUCUGGAAAGAAAUACCUAGUUGGACUUUUUUCAAGUUUGAACCCUACAUUGUCUGCAGUGUGUGUUUUUGAAGAAAAUGAGAUUUAUCAAAGGUUUUUGACAUCAAGAAAACACCGAUAUGGGUGUCCAGAGCAUAAUCUUCCAAAAAAGGAUAGGAUAUUUCUUGGGGAUAAAGGAGAACAACUAAAAUGUGCCAACACUACAGUUGAUAAAAACAAUCAGUCUAUUCCAGGAUUGUAUGAUGCUUUUAACAAAGGAGAUUAUUGUAAUAAUAUAACAGGGAGCGUAUCUCAGUUUGGUAUUAUUGUUGGACUGUUGCCACUAGAAGGUACUGCAAUAUACUCUACCAAGUCUCAUCGAGUCACAGUUGUUGGAAGUGCAACUAUUAAUAACCUGAUAACACUUUAUAUUGGUACGGACAAUGGACAUGUUAUUCAGGUUUUCUAUGACCCAGUGAAAGAUAAAACAAUUGAGCUUCAGCAAUUUAAAGUUGACAGUUCUAAGAUACGGGCCAUUAGAAAUCUGAAUGAAGAGAUGUACAUCAUGUCUCAAAACAAGAUCGUGAAAUUGAUUCAGGAGACCCAGUGUGGAGAGUACUCUGACAACUGUCAGCAAUGUAUGGACGUCAGAGACGCUAACUGUGGGUGGUGUGUGACCAGCAAUAGAUGUACCACAAAAAUGGAAUGUGCAAGUGUUGGUACUGAUUACUGGCUUCCAUCUGUGAAAAACCAAUGUCUGAGUCUGGAGUUUAAGGAUUAUCCAUCAGGAUAUGCUUACAAACUGGAUCAAACCACGAAGCCAGUAACAUUGUCUGUGACUUUUGUGCCACCACUUGAAACUAAUGAAAACAUGACAUGCAGACUUGGUAAUACAUCGAUACAACAAGAUAUUACACCUGGUUGGAUUAAUUGUACAAUACCGGAAGAAACUAACAGUGGCAGAACAGAAAGGAUAUCAUACCAAGAGGGAGAUAUUCCACUCCAGAUCUUGCUGAACAGAAAUGUCAUAGCAGAAAUAAAAAUACUGUUCUACAGAUGUUCUAAUUUUACCAGUUGUGGAAAAUGCAUUGAGCAAGAAAGAACAGAUUGUUACUGGUGUACAGAAGAGGCUACCUGUAACAGAGCCGCGGGUAAUUGCGGUAAUUAUAAAAAAGCCAUUUAUAAACCACAAACUCCGGUUUCUGAUUGCCCUCAAAUUUUAAGCCAGACUGUGUUGAUUCCAUCUGGACGGUCAAGGACUUUAGAAUUCAGGGGCAAGAAUCUUUCAGUGCCUGAAAAUUUUACGUACCAGUGUUGCAUUGAUGGUUCAGACGACACUUUUAAAGGGGAGAAGAUACGAGGAACAAACAACAUACGAUGUUUGGAUAUAAAGACGAAGAAGGAAGGCUUCAAAAGUGUGGAAAUCAAAUAUGGGCCAAGCGGGAAUGUUUCUUUGGAAGUUUUUGAUGGAGUUGUUGCUCUGUAUGCAUACAAAUGUGAGUCACUUUCUUCAUACCGAGAGGACUGUAGCACCUGCCACUUCCUGAAUCAAUCCAAGGGAUACGAGUGUCAGUGGUGCCAAAAUACAGGCUGUGUGGAUGUAGAUAAUAACCAGUGCAGCCAGGCAGACACCUGUGGUGGACCUAUAGUUACCAAAAUUUCUCCAACAGAUGGUCCUCCAGAAGGAGGGACAGAGGUCACUAUAGAGGGAUUCAACUUUGGAAUUAAGUCAACUGUAACAGUUACGAUCGCUGGGGUGCAAUGUAAAAAUGUUACAUUUGUGGAUCGGAAGAUGAGAUGCAUCACACUAAGCAAAUCUUUUGCUUCCACGGAGAAGUCUGAGGAAAGUGGACAGGUGGUUGUGAUGGUGGAUGGCAUGAACUCGUCAGAAGACAUUCAGUUUACUUACAAGGUUCCAAAGAUAACAGAUAUCAAACCAAAACAAGGUAUCUUGUCUGGAGGAAGGACCAUUCAUUUAAGUGGAACCAAUCUAAACAUUGGCAAUAUGAAGUAUGCAGUGGAGUUGAUCAAUGUAGACAAAAACAAACCACAAUUACCUAUAGGAUGUACCAUAAUCAAAGGAUUGCCAGGUAGAGGGGACAUAACCUGUAAACCAAAAAUGGCAGUGGACGUAGGGAAGUAUAAAGUGAAUGUUACCUUUGACACCAAUACAGAAGUGGAUAGUAGCCUCCAGUUUGAAUAUCUACCAGACCCAGUCAUUAAAGCAACUGAGCCUGCAGAGCUGAAAUCAAUCAGCAGUGGAGGAACAAAUUUCAAUGUGAUUGGUGAAGGAUUUACUGCCAUUGAUAGUCUAACAGUGGGAGUUGAGGACAGUGAGGAAAGAGACUCAACAUGCAGAAUUCUCACCCUAACUAAACUUGAAUGCAAAUAUCCAAGAAACAGAGAAAGCGAAAAGCGACGGAAAAAGAGAGCUGCUAGCUCCAAUAUUGUCAUCUACCUUGAUGGAUUUUUCCAUAAAUUCACUUCUAGUGUAUUGUAUGUGGAUGACCCUCUGUUUGUAGCUUUCAAUGGUAAUACAACAUACAACUUUGAUCCAAGUGCUGAAGAAUCAAUCACAUUAGUGGGUAAGGGUUUAGCCACUGUAACAAAGAAGCAGGAUUAUCAGGUGCUUGUCGGCUCUGGAGAAUGCGCCAUUACUAGCUUAAAUGAAACAGAACUAAUUUGUCGACCCCCCAAUAAAGAACCAUCACCGAGGUUCAAUGAAGAAAAGUUAUUCAUCAGGGUAAAAGUUGGUAACGCAAACCAAAUUGUUGGAGUAAUGGAGUACGCGACCGAAACUCAAAUCACCAUCAUCAUCAUUGUGGUGCUUGUUGUCUUGUUAAUCGGCAUUGUGGUCUUUGCCGUUCUGAUGCUGCGGAGAAAUCGUGUAAGGAAUGCGAGGAAAAUUGAAAAGUUCAUGACGGAGAUGCACGAAUUGGAGCAGAAUACUAUGAGGAUCAACCAAGAGGAGUUUGCAGAGAUGCAGCUGAAUAUUACAGACAUAAAGCGUGACCUAGUGUCCACAGGAAUCCCCUAUCACUCGUACCAAAGUUACACCCAAUACAUCCUGUUCCCAAAGGAGGUGGAAGCUGCCACCAUUGCGUCUCUGUUGGAGCACUCAGGGUUUUCCAGUAAGAAUGCUGAAAAGGCUAUGGACCAGUUUGACAAACUGAUGUCCAACAAGUACUUUGUUAAAUCUCUUAUUGGGACCCUUGAAAAACAGAGGAAGAUCACAUUAAGUGACAAGGCUCAAUUUGCUGCCAACUUCAGUGUAAUUAUGAUGGGGAAGAUGAGAGAUUUCUUCGAGAUUGUAAACUGCUUGUUAUCAACUCUGGUGGAUUCUGCCAACAAAAAACAACACAAAACUCUCUUUAACAGAUUUGAGUCCAUUUCUCUGAGAUUACUAUCCCACUGGCUCUCUGUUUCCCUCUAUCCAUAUCUGAAGGAGGGAGGUGGCUCCUCUCUGUUUAUGUUGUACAAGUCAACCCAGACGGUGGUGGAGAAACGCCCCGUGGACGAGGUGACCGGGGAGGCCAAGAAUACCCUGUCUGAGGACAACUUCCUGAGGGAGAAGAUUGACUGUCUGACUAUGAAACUUGAAAUUGACUUGAAUGGCAAUGGAAACUUAUACACCUGUGAGGUUCUGGACUGUGACACAAUAAAUCAAGUCAAGAGCAAGUGUCUGUACCAAAUCUACAAGAACAAACCAGCUUCAGAAAUGCCCUCCACAGACGAAGUUGACUUAGAAUGGAUGGCUGGAAAAAGUGGUCGUCUGACCUUGAGCAAUAUUGACCAAACGAGUGAGAGGGGUGAUGGUAUGGUGCGUCGCAAUACCCUCAAACACUAUCACGUGCUAGAUAACAGUCGCAUGGCGCUGCUGUACAAGUUCUCACCUGAUGUUGAACAUGAUGAUGAAGAUGAUACCUAUGUUAACCAGCGAUCCCCUUCUGAUGUUGACAUAACCAUUCCUCCCAAUGUCCAGCUGAUUCAGUCUGUGUCUUCGACAGGAAGUCUGGAAAACCUCAGACAAUGGCAUUUGGUAAAAAAUAUUGAAGAAGAGGAUUCUCAUGAGAAGCCCUCCAAACUCAAGGACAUCGGGAAGACAAGUCACAUCACCAAUCUUAUGCACACCAAGCUAGUUUUACAGGACAAUAUUAAGGAAGUUUUUGACAGCGUGCUGAAUCAUGAGACGGUCCCUCUAGUGGUGCAUUACCUAUUUGGCGUAUUGGAAAAUCUGGCUAAUAAGAACAGUGUUGAACCAGACACUUUACUUUGUUGGAAGAGUGAAAGCUACGCCAUGAGGGUUUGGGCCACCCUUCUGGUCCGUCCUGAGUUCCUGUUUGACAUCCAGAAAGCCCGGCACGUGGAGCCAUGUCUUAAUGUGAUUAAGCAGGUCUUCAUUGAUUGCUUCCAUUCCACCAAGAUCAGCAAGGAUUCAUCCUUGCAAAAACUUCUGUUUGCCCAAGAAGUUCCACACUACCAGAAAAAGACAGAACAGUUCUACAAGGCCCUGGGCAACAAAGCUGCUAUAACAGAUGCUGAUUUCUGGAGUGAGAUGUCUCGCCUCAGUUUGUUACAACAGGAGCAUCUGAAGUUCUCGAAGUCUGCUGCUCUCGUAAAACUGUAUAGAUUUGUCAAUCAGUAUGUGGAAGAGAUCAUCGAAGAUUUGGAUGCAGGAGAUGAAACCAGUGAUCUUCUGUUUGGUUCAAAACUGGAUGAUAUAGUCCGUUUAAUGGAGACUGAUUCCUGACUAUAUGAUAGAUAAAAAAAGUCAUAGAUUUUACAUCAUGCUUUGGACUCUUUUGUAGCUCAUUUACCUUUUUAGCGCUGUACACAGCUGAUUAACACAUAGCCUUGUUAUGUUUUAUUAUUUAAAUGUUUAGGGUAUCUAUAUAAAUUUGUGUGUGUAUAUAUGAGCAUGUUGAUGCAUGAACUUAGUCUAAACCAAAGGCAAAUCACAAACCAGAAACAAUCAAGAAGUUGACAAGUGUUUUAUGUACAGAUGAUUUUCAUGUGUAUAGAUGUGAGUAAUAUGCAUGUGCUUAUGGUGUAUUUACACUUUAAAAUUUAUUUACUUUCACUUUAGAAGCUUGUUUCUCUUGUCCAUAUGACCAAUUCUAAUGAAGAGCUUACUGUAUAGAAAUGAGUCAGUUUUACUGUACUCUUUUAAAAGUUAAGAACUUUUUAUUAUGGCUUUUUUAAGCUGAUCAAAAGAUCAUGUUAAAUUGUUUUAGUCCUUUUUUGUACAAAGUUCUUCAGAAGUUAAAGUAACAUGACAUACAUGUGUAAUUUAAAGUUGAAGGAUAUUAUAUUAACUUUUGGAGGGGGUCUCUCUGCUAUAUGCAGGGAAAUAUUCGCCCCAAUUUUAUUUUCACCCCCUUUUGUCUUCAUCCAAUUUAAGACUUGUCGAAUUCAAAACAUUUUUUACCAGGAAAUAACGGUGUUGAUUGAAUAUAGUAAUAAUUUCAAACCGUAUUAGGGCGAUUUCAAGACGAGGUGAUACCAAUUGGAAGUUUAGAAAGGACAAGGAACAAGAAGCGAAAAUAACCCUGUAGGCAGUAGACGUUUUAUUGGCAGAUAUUGAUUAUCAUUAUAUCUUAGUGUGUAAAGUGAUUGUUUUUGUUGGCAGAUAUAAAAAAAAAAAUACUUGUAUUGACAUCGUGUAAAAAAAAUUAUUAUAUAUUACUAGUAUUCAUUUAUGCAAAGUUAUCCAUAUGGCUUCAAAAAUCAAAGAUUGGUGAAAAUGUGAGGUUGUCAAAAUGCAAUGCUGUAUGUUGUACAUUUAUUUUUUGAUUUGACAUGCUUAUCCAAUAACUGUAUAUCUUUGUUGAACUUUUCUUAAAAGCAUUUUAUUUACUAGUCUAGAAUUGUUUGAUAUUAAUUGUCAUGAAGAAUUAAAAAAAAAUAGAAUAUCUAUACUUUAUUAAGAUACACAUGUUACCAUUUAUGUUUUUGAAAUCUAUUAGUAUAUGCAUGUUAAUUAAAUCCAGUGGUUGUUCAUUGCCAAAGGUUCACUCCAGUUUUCCAAUAGAUUACUGCCUUCUGUGUGUGAAAUGCACUUUGUAUAUAUGAAUUAUGCCUAUAUAACAUAGUGCCUUUUUAUGAUGUGACAAGCUUUGAAUUCAUUUUAUGGAAAGAUACCAGAAGGGUUCACAAAUAAUAGGUUCAUAUAUAUUAAUGAGCUCUCUCUAUAUGAUAUUUACGGCUUAUUACAGUUUCAUUUUUUAUUCGAAUUCGCUGGCAUCUGCAGAGCUUUUUGGACUUAAAAUAAGCAUGCUUCGAAUCGUGAGAUAAGGAAUUCUGUGUAAAAUACAAAGUUUACUGUUCUUUGGCCAUUUUGAAACAACCCCCCCCCCCCAAUUUAUAUCAUCAAUAUAUAAAAAAUCUUGCUUGGCAAGCCUAGAAGAACAAAUCUUACCAUUUACAAUAUAUGUGUAAUAAGAUUUGUUUAGAUACAUGAAAAGAUUUGUUUUUUUGUAUAUUCUUCAUUUAGUUUAUUUUUUUUUUCAUAUAAUAUGAUUUUACAUAGCUUGGAAAGAAAGUAUAGCAAAACCAAACAAGGAAAAAUGAAAGAAAAAUUUUAAACAUGCUUUAUGUAUCCAACUGCGUUGGCAUCUUAUUCUAUCUAGAGAGAUUUUGUUGCUAUGUAAUUUUUCAAUCUCAAUCAAGUUGUUUUGUAUGGUUUUUUUUAACCUGAAAUAUCAUAUAGAUCUUCAUGCAUGUUUUCAAUAAUGCAUUAUAAAAUUUUGUUAUCUCACCUGACAUUUAAUUACAUGCAUAAAUCAAAUGAUUUUUGUAGUUGUUUAGGCGGAUGUUGACCUUUGUAUUGAAUUUCACAAACGCCACUUUAAUAGAGAUGAAAGCCUUCUUUUCUUUACAUAUAGUCUGUGAACAAGAAACUCAUCAGAAAACUUGUUGAUUUGAUGACUAGAUUUAUUGUUUUACAAUUGUUAAUUGCAUACCUGUUUUACAUAUGAAUUAUUUUAAAAUAUGAAUAAGACCUGGCAAAAACUAUAAUUUUUUUCUCUACGUCUACAUGCAGUGUAAUGUGAUGUGAAAUUGAUAUUGGAGCUUUUAUUACCGUAUUUAUAUAUAUACGCAGUUCUGUGGUUUCAUCAUAAUGAAAACCAAUUUUGUAUAUUACGUUGUUGAGCGGGCCAACAGAUUCAAAUGUUCAAGCAUUAUGAAUAACUAGAACAGUUCGUUAACGAAUAUAUGAACCCUCGAAAUUCGCUUGCUUUUUAAAGUCCGCUAAAAUUGAUGCCAACGAAAAGUGAUGAUACCACAGUAUAGAGAAAGUCAUUCGCUAGAACAUGACGCCAUCAGUACAAAUCAAAAUAAACUUUAUACAUUUCAAGAAGUACAACUUUUAGAAAACAGGAAUUAUGAACACUGUCAACAGACAACACAAGUACUUUUUAAUGAGUUUCGGGAAAUUUUAGAAACCUUUUUAGCUGAACAACAUUUGUCCAUAUUUUGCUCAAGGUGCAAUUAUCUUUUAAGGGGUCAGUACAAUGAUCAAUGAUGUACAACUCGUUUUAGUGGGUGUUCGAAUGGUUUGAUAAUGAACAUGAUGUAGAUAUACUUAAUACAUGAUGAUCAUUUUUUAUGGUUACUCAUGCAUGUCCAGUUGUAAAACCAGUCAUUCCAUUUAUUAACUGAUGUCCAUGUCUAUUCUCGCAUUGCUUAAAAUAUAUUAUACGAACUAGAAGUCACUUACUUGAAAUAAAAGAAGUAUUUUCUUUUCA